AUAUAAGAGAAACAGAAUUGGGGCUUUGGUUGGAAAAACCCUAUCAAGUGGUACUGUUGGGAGUUAGGACUUUGCGGCAGAGCGGAGAGAGAUGUCUACAUCGGCGGCGGCGGAGACUGGGUUCCUGAGGAUAGAAGAGAUAGAAGGGAGAGGGAGGGGUCUGGUGGCUUCGCAGCCACUGAAGGCCGGCCAAAUUGUCCUCAGGGACUCCCCUAUCCUCCUCUACUCUGCUUUUCCUCUGAUCAACCCUUCUUCCUCUCGCCCCUCCACUUCCAAUACCUACUGUGCCAAGUGCUUCAGAACCUUAUCAUCUUCUUCGCCCUCGGUGGUUUCUUGCCCCUCUUGCUCCCACUUUCAUGUCUUUUGUAGCCAAAACUGCCUGUCCGCUGCACUCACUUCAUCCCACGCUCCAUGGGUAUGCCAAGCCCUUUCUCGUCUCCGCGAUUGUUCUUCUCUCCUGCUUGAACAACCCAUGGAACUCCAGCUGCAGGCCCUUUUCCUGGUGGCCGCCUACCAUCUUUCCCUUGUCUCUCUUUCCCAAUUCCAGAUUCUGCUCUCUCUUGAGGGCACCCCUGGCGCCAGGGACUCCGCCGCUGCUCAUUUCCUGCAUUCUCUCAUCUCCUCCCUCUUCCCGUCGCCUCCGGUUGAGGGUUUCUCGGUGGAACUCACGGCCGCAUUGUUGGCCAAGGACAAGCUUAAUGCCUUUGGGCUUAUGGAGCCUUUUUCCUCCAUUGACGGUGGCCAACGUUCUGUCCGAGCUUACGGUAUCUACCCGAAUGCCUCCUUCUUCAACCACGACUGCCUUCCCAAUGCCUGUCGUUUUGACUACGUCGACACCUCCCCCAAGCACCAGAACAACACCGACAUUAUCAUUCGGAUGAUUCAUGAUGUUCCGCAAGGUAGGGAGAUAUGCUUAAGCUAUUUUCCAGUCAACGAUAAUUAUGCCAGCAGGCAGAGGAGGUUGAUGGAGGACUAUGGCUUCACUUGUCAUUGUGACCGCUGCAAGGUCGAAGUCAAUUGGUCUGAUGAUGAUAAUGAUGAUCUUGCCGAGGAGGAGGACGAGGAGGAGAUAGACGAAGUGAUGGAUGAGGACCACCAUGACCAAAUCAUGGAAUCCUCCCUGGGGAAAGGAGAUGCCGACUUCCCCCACGCCUAUUUCUUUGUCAGAUACAUGUGUGAUAGAGAAAACUGCUGGGGCACGCUGGCUCCUUUGCCCCCUAAGGACGAGGCUACUCCCUCUGACGUUAUGGAAUGUAAUGUAUGUGGCAAUCUCAAGAAUGACCAAGUGACUGAUGCAAAUGGAGGAGAAGACCAGCUUUCUAUGGAUGAUUGAGCUCUCUUCCUUCCUGCCUUUGAUACUCGGUUAUAGUUUUUAUCUUCAGCUUGAUCUUCGGUUGCUUCAGUUACGGAUGCUGCUUCGCUGCUUCGCUGCUUCAGUUACUGAUGCUCCAAUAUGCCCUUGCAAUCAAAAUGGCAGUUCUUGAACUUGAAGAUUGUUACGCAAUAGAGUAAACUGAGCCGCAUGCAAUGUUUUGGUAAGCAGAUCAGCCAGCUGAUUUUUUAUUGACAAAAAUGAAACCUCAAGUUUCUUUUGAAUAACUUGAUCACGCACAUGGUGAAAAUCAAUUUUAAUAUGUUUAGUCAUAGCAUGAAACAUCGGAUUGGAAGAGAGAUAUGUGGUACCAAUAUUAUCACACCAUAGUUUUGGCCAAAUCGGUAAUCUAAAAUGCAAAUCAUGAAGUACGGAUUGAAUCCAUUGAAUUACAGCUGCGGUAUUGGAUAAAGAUUUAUACUCGGACUCGGUGCUACUCCGUGCUACUAUUUGUUGCUGUUUGCAAUUCCAUGAAAUUAGAUUAUUGCCAUGAAAAACACAAUAAGUGCCAACACUUCUGCAAUCAUCACCGUCACCCGACCAAUCGGCAUCACUAAACCCAUGAAGAGAAUGAUCCAUUUGUUUUGUAAACCGAAGGCCAAUGAAAUUGUAUUUUUUAGAUAUUGUAGUAUUCUCUUCACUUCUUGGCAAUGAGGAUCCUUUGGUUGAUGGAUAAACUUACUUACACAAUGAACACAGUAAGCAAUGUCUGGUCGAGUAAACCCAAGAUAAUGCAAGGCUCCUACUGUGCUUCUAUAGAGCUUAGGAUCAAUAAAAUUUGCACCAUCAAAUUUUGAAAGAUGACAAGUAGUUGACAUCGGUGUUGCAGGCUUCACUUUAUCAAGAUUGACUUUGCGCAGCAGCUCAGUAAUAUACCUUAUUUGUGUUAGAAAUAAAUCAUUACCAUUAUAUAAAGUUUCCACCCCUAAAAAGAAUGAAAGUGCGCCUAAGUCUUUCAUGGGAAAAACUGUGGAUAGGCUUCUUAUUAAUUUAUCAAUAGCCUUUGAAUUUGAGCCAGUCACGAUGAUAUCAUCGACAUAAAUUAGGAUGAUUAAAUGAAAUUGAUCUUGGUGAAGGGUAUAUAGAGACGUAUCAGAUUUAGAGCCUUCAAAUUCAAGUUGUUGUAAUUGAUCAGUGAGUCGAGAAAACAAUGCUCGUGGGACUUGUUGAAGACCAUAGAGACUCUUUUUUUAAUUUGUACACAUGAUUUGGAUAAUUGGGAUGAAUGAAUCAUUGCGGUUGAUACAUAUAGACAUUUUCUUGAAUGAAUCCAUAAAGAAAUGCAUUUUGAAUAUCCAAUUGUCGAAAUGACCAAUUGUUAGAGACUGCAAGAGAAAUGACAAGGCGUAUGGUGAUCAAUUUUACCACUGUUAUGAAGGUCUCAGUGAAAUCAACACCCUCUUGUUGAUGAAAUCAUUUUGCAACUAGGCGUGUCUUGAACCGUUCAAUGCUGCCAUCUGCAUUUCUUUCUACCCGAUAGACCCAUUUAUUUCCAACAAGAUUUUGGUUUGGUUGUGAUGAAACUAAAUCCCAAGUACCAUUUUGAAUAAGUGCAUUGAAUUCAACAUCCAUUGCAUUACGCCAAUGAGGAAAUUUUGACGCUUCCGUGGAGCAGCUUGGCUUGGUAGUUGAUGAAUUAGCCUUAGAUAGAAGUACCUGUGGAAUGGGAUAUUUGAUAUAUCCAACAUAUGGUUGUUUUGGCCUGAGACUAUUUGUCGGAAAUCUUGUGGUCAUGCGCUGGGAGGUUGAUAUUGUGUCAAUGGAGAGAGGGACAUGUGGGACAUCAACAACCACUGAGUUGGGAAUAGCAUGCGAGUUUGGAGCAUUUGCAUGAGUUGUGUCUUGUUGUGCCAUGGUAGAGUUAGUUGGCAAUUGAUCAAUUGCAGGUGGCGUUGUAAUGGUUUGACAAUUAUCAUCUAUUGCAUGCAAAGUUA